GCGUAACCUAUCACGAGACCUUGACGCUGCACAACGCAACCGGCUUUCAUGCAUUAUCCAUACGGUUGGCAGUUGUACUCGAGGAAGACGGCAGUUUUGGCAAUCUACCUCUAUUAUUUUGGAUUGAGGAAUAUCAUACUACCAUUUCGGAGACAGAAUGAAUGAAGACUUGACAGCAGAGCAAGGAGAAGUGACUGCACUUCUCUGCCAAGAAGAUGAACUACAGGAUGGACAAAUGAGGGAGGUAGAAGUGGAGGGCCAAAAGGUGCUGCUGGUCCGUACUGAGGGCCGGUAUGGUGCUGUGGGUAGUCGCUGCACCCAUUAUAACGCUCCCCUGGUCAAAGGAGCUUUGGUGGGCAACAGGGUCAGAUGUCCCUUCCACGGUGCUUGUUUCAAUGUAAUGACUGGAGAUAUAGAGGAGUUUCCAGGUCUCGACUGUUUGCCCUCUUACAAGGUUAAAGUCGAGGAUGGCAACGUGUACAUCUCAUUCAACCGAAAGGCUCUGAAGCUCAGCAGACGGGUGAAAGAGAUGAGCAGCAGAGAGCCAGAGGUCAACCACAGCACCCUGCUCAUAGGAGGAGGCCCCGCAGCCCUGCUCUGUGCCGAGACACUGAGACGGAACUCUUACCAGGGCCGAAUCGUCAUGGUGACCAAAGACGCCCUGCCCCCGUUUGACAAACCCAAAUUAAGCAAGGCAUUGAAUUCGGAGAGCAGCCAGAUUCUCCUUCGUUCUGAGGACUUCUUCAAACAGUAUGGGAUAGAGGUGUGGACACAAAAAGAGGUCGUGUCGGUAGAGCCGGUCGAUAAGGUGGUGAGGCUGAGUGACGGAACAGUGCAACCUUACGACCAGCUGCUCAUCUCUACCGGCUGUAGGGCGCGGUCGCUAGGCUGUCCUGGCCAACACCUGAAGGGAGUCAAGCUGCUGCAGACUCACCAGGAUGCCCAGGACAUCCAUAACUCCUGUCAGGGUCAAAGGGCAGUCAUCAUUGGCGCAUCCUUCAUAGGCAUGGAGGUGGCUUCUUACCUAUCGAAUAAAGCUGCCAGCGUGGCCAUGGUUGGCACCACUCAAUACCCUUUUGAAAGGUCACUUGGCCCCGAGAUUGGGAAGAUGGCGAUGCAUAUGUUGGAGGAAAAUAAUGUGAAAUUCUACAUGAAGGACAGAGUUCUAGAGAUCAGGGGAGAAGAUGGCAAAGUUAAAGAAGUGGUGCUGGAGAGUGGUGCCGUUCUGCAAGCGGAUGUUGUGGUGGCAGGAAUUGGUGUCGUCCCAAAUUCUGACUUCCUGAUGGGAAGCCAGGUGCAGACGGAUUCCAGGAAGGCUGUAGUCGUUGAUGAGUUCAUGAAGACCAACGUACCAGACAUCUAUGGUGCUGGCGAUGUCACGUCCUUCCCCCUCCCAAUCCGCGGGGGUCAGAGGGUCCAGAUCGGCCACUGGCAGAUGGCACAUUCCCAUGGCAGAGCUGCGGCCUUAAACAUGCUGAACAAGCCCACCAAGAUGGAUUCUGUUCCGUUCUUUUGGACUGUGUUGCUCGGAAAAAGUAUCCGAUACGCAGGUUUUGGGGAAGGAUACACAGAAAUCAUAUUCAAAGGCAAAGUGGAGGAAGGAAAGUUCCUAGCAUUUUACAUCAAAGAGCAGGUGGUGGUCGCAGCAGCAAGCCUCAUGUUUGACCCUGCUGUAUCUCUGAUCGCAGAACUCAUGUCCUCAGGGCACCAAAUCACAAAGACACAGGCACAAUCUGAGGACCUGAGCUGGUUGAAAUUAUAGUGUGUGGUCCAGGAUCAAGGAUGAACGCAAACCAGUCCAUUUACUUGAUCAGGGGGUCUCAAUUGCUAUUAUGAAUAUAAUAUUUUUCAUUAAUUUAUCUUUCAAUCAAUUACUUUUUCAAUCAUUGUUAUUCCUCUUGUAAAAUGAGUCAUGGCUUUAAGGCUGCACAUCAUCUAGGCUGUUCCAUUUAUCCUGAUUAGUCAGGUAAACAGAUUCUAAGAGCUGAGAAUGACGCUGGAGGCAAGGUCUGAAAUUACAAAUGUAAAUGUUUAGAAGAUAAUCUUACUUGAAACACACUUUUUUAAUUGCUUAACAUACCUGACUAAUCAACAGAGGAAAACCAGUUACAGUAACGAAGGUGCUAAUCAGCGAAAAUAUAGGGGACAAAAUGGACAGUGUGUACAUUUUAUCUAUUCAAUGUUUUUUUUGAACUAUAGCACACUUGUAGAUUGAGUUGGUAUUAUUAUUUUGGGUGUGACUGUGGCCAUAUUGAGUUGCUCUAGUUUGUUAUUUUGUUUCUAAACCAUUUGCCUUUUGUUACUCCUUCAGGGACAAAUAAAGUAUGUGGAGCGAUUCAUUCAUACAUGUAGUAAUAAAUGUUCAUAAUAAUGUUGAGUAUGGAAUUGUAUGGGGAAAGAAAGUUACCAAACGAUUUAGCUAUUUGUCUUAUCAAGUAUGCAAUGCGAUAUAGCCUUCUUCCAAUCAAUAUAAUUUUUUCUUUCCUUGAAAGGCUUUCCACCUGUUUCCACCUGGGUAUUAUUUUCACAAGGGUUAUGUUUUGGGUGUGUGUUUAUUGUUUUUUUUUUCUGUGUGUGUAACUGUUAAUUCAGUUUUCUGCAGAGGCAAAUUACAAUUUUCUGAAGAGCUGAGCUCAGAAAAAAAUGCUUCACUUCCAAAAAAUUGAUAAUCGAAAAUGUAUUAUUUGGUAAGAGAAAUAUAAAGAAGAGUAUUAACACGUCCCAUUUAAA